UGGUGCCUGGACGGACUGGCGACCCCCAGCUCGCGGCCCUGCGAGGCGCCAGGGCCGCACUGGGGGAUGGACAAGGCAAAGAUGGACGAGAAUGAAUGGGGGUACCACGGCGAAGGUAACAAGAGCCUGGUUGUGGCCCACGCGCAGCGUUGUGUGGUGCUGCGUUUCCUGAAGUUCCCUCCCAGCAGGAAGAAGACCUCGGAAGAAAUAUUCCAGCACCUACAGAACAUAGUGGACUUCGGCAAAAAUGUCAUGAAAGAGUUUUUGGGGGAGAACUAUGUUCAUUGUGGGGAGGUCGUUCAGCUGCCUUUAGACUUUGUGAAACAGCUUUGUGUAAAGAUACAGUCUGAAAGACCAGAAUCUCGCUGUGACAAGGACCUGGACACUCUCAGUGGUUACGCGCUGUGCCUUCCCAAUUUAGCCAGACUUCAGACCUACCAUUUUGCUGAGCACCGGCCGAUUCUGUGUGUGGAGAUCAAGCCAAAAUGCGGGUUUAUUCCUUUCUCCAGUGACGUCACGCAUGAGCUGAAGCACAAGGUGUGCCGGUACUGCAUGCACCAGCACCUCAAGGUGGCCACUGGGAAGUGGAAGCAGAUAAGCCGGUACUGUCCCCUCGAUCUCUACUCAGGAAACAAGCAGAGGAUGUACUUCGCCUUAAAAAGUUUGUUGCAAGAGGCACAGAACAACUUAAAGAUCUUCAAGAACGGGGAGCUGAUUUAUGGCUGCAAGGACGCCCGCAGCCCUGCGACCGACUGGAGCGAGCUGGCUCAUCACCUGAAACCAUUCUUUUUCCCAUCCAACGGCCUGGCCAGUGGGCCCCACUGCACGAGGGCUGUGAUCCGGGAGCUGGUGCGCGUCCUCACACGGGUGCUGCUCAGUGGCUCGGACAAGGGCCGGGCCGGCGCCCUGAAGCUGGGGCCUGGGGCUCAGGGCCCAUGUGUCUGUGAAGCCAGCGCUUUCAGCAGGAGUCUGCAUCGCCAAGGAAGCAGCAGCCUGGAGCGCUCGGGGCUGCCGAAGGGCUGUCUUCUGUACAGAGCCCUCCAGGUGCAGAUGUUAGACCUGCUGGACAUCGAAGGGCUCUACCCUCUGUACCGCCGGGUGGAGCAGUACCUGGAGCAGUUUCCUGAGCAGAGAAAAACAUUGCAAGUAGAUGGGCCUUAUGAUGAAGCAUUUUACCAGAAGCUGCUUGAUCUUUCCACUGAGGAUGACGGGACAGUGGCGUUCGCACUGAGGAAGGUGCAGCAGUACCGGGUGGCCAUGACCGCGAAGGACUGCUCCAUCAUGAUUGCGCUGUCCCCGUGUCUGCAGGACGCCAGCUCUGAUCAAAGGCCUGUGGUCCUGUCAUCGAGAUCCAGGUUUGCUUUCUCCGUGUCAGUGCUGGACCUUGACCUGAAGCCCUACGAGAGCAUCCCGCACCAGUACAAGCUGGACGGCAAGAUCGUCAACUACUAUUCGAGGGCCGUGCACGCCAAAGACGCCGACAUGGUGUCCACUCGGCUCAAGGAAAGCAAAGACUGUACAUUAGUUCUCCAUAAGGUCUAGCUGUCCCUGUGGUGUCUCUGGAACUCAAACACAGAAUGUGAAGGUUGAACCAUAGCGCUGUGUGUCGGGUGACUUCUGGCUGUGAAUGUUACUGCUUUCUAACUACUGUUCGAGGGAGCUGCUCUUGGGACACAGAAAGGAGGGACGGUCUCCAGGACUCGGAAUGCCGGGCGAGGCCUGUGGUGCUGUGUCCUGGGGCCUCUCUGGGCAGCUCUCCUUCCCGCCAAGGCCCUGUCUAAUCUCUAAAGCAAAAGCCUUAUUGUGGGACCCAGGUUUGGGUCUCCCACCAGACUCCUAACGCACGAAACUUGAACGGUCACAUGUAUCUCUUAAGGAAACAGGGUCCCACUGGCACCUCCCAGCUGAGUUACCUGGUCACUUUGAAGGCUGGCCCCACGCCAGCACAGGCUGGUGGCCCCCAGUGCAGGGAUGGGUUGUGGGUGCUGGUGUUGGUCCUGAGAGGCCUGGACACAGGUCCCUACACAGGUGCAGGGUCAGCAGGGCCCACGGGACUCAGGUCGGGGCCACCACUCGCGAGCAUCGACCUCCUUCCUUCCCUGAAUGUUUCUAUCUUGGAUGUUGGGGGACACCAGGCGC